CAAAUCCCGUAUAAGAACUUCGGAACUGUCCGGAUUGAGCGCGAAGUCAGACGAGUCGGUUACAAUGGGGUGGGUGUGGAGGGACGACGAAGAAGACGAGAUCGAUUCUUCGGCCGGAGGCGUUAGCUCCGGCAAACGGUGCGCCACCAGAAAGGUCUUGAAGUCGCAGUGCAGAACCGAGGAGGUUGAGCGGGGAAAGUUCAUCAGAAAGUGCGAGAAAACCGAACAGGUUCUCAGGGAAUGUGUCGGCAAGCCAGUUGAAGUGGUGGAGUUCAACAAAGAAUAUACUGAAGAUGAUGUAACAGACGAGGUGGUUAAAGGAUCUCUCUCAUUUGGGACGUUAGAGCAAGGGGCAUUGGACUUCCCUGGAUUACGCAAUGAUAUUGAAGGUAUCACGCGAAGCUUCUUUGGCAACCUCAACCGUUUCUUCGAAGAAGCCGAUGGAAUGAAGAACAACUUUUUGAACGUAUUUGGGGUUCCGCGCGUGUUCGAUGGCGGGGAGUCUUCUUCACCAUCAAUGAGGCGAGGGAUACCUGUGGAGGAAGGCCUUCCAAAAGCAGGUGGCGAGGGUGAGUCAGGAGGACAGGUUGACCUUUCUGGAUUGGCAACAGAUGUCUAAUGGUUUGUUAAGGAAAAAAAAGGGUUAAGUUUGUGUUUAUUACCUAAUAAUGUAGACAAGUGGUGGUUUGACUGUAUGUGCAGGGGGAGUAGUUUGAAUGGUCAAACAUAAAAUCCUUUGGGGAAUAAAACACGGGGUUUGACUUGAUUUGGCCCUAGUAGAAAAAUAAAGAGGAGCUUUCAUCCA